ACAAGGUUUUAUUUUUAAAAGAAAUCAUGGAUUUUGUCAAGAGAAUGUUUUUGGACAAUACUAUGGUCUUGGAUCUGAAACAAGAGGCACAAAUACAUAUAUUCCUCAACCUUAUGGAAUAGAAGUUGGUAAUCAUGAAGAAAUUCCAAAAGGAUAAGUCCAAAGGAAUGAGACCAAACCAUGAUUGCAAGCUUGAGUAUGAAGUUGAACCUUGCAACACAAGUUUUGUGAAUCGCAGUAGUUGUGUUGAUGUCAAGAGAGCAAGCUUCCCAAUGCAAAACGGCGGUUAUGUCAUAUAUGGAGUUGGCCAUCAGCAUUCAGGUGCAAUUGGAUCAACUCUAUAUGGACAGGAUGGGAGGGUUAUAUGUACUUCAAUCCCAAAAUAUGGAAAAGGAAGGAGGGCAGGAGAUGAGAAAGGGUAUGUUGUAGGAAUGUCAACUUGUUACCCUAUACCAGGUUCUAUCAAGAUAUUUGAUGGUGAAAUUUUAACUUUAGAGGCUAACCACAGCAGCAACAUAAGAUACUCUGGAGUGAUGGGGCUUUUCUAUUUCUUGGUGGCAGAAAAACUACCACCUUACCGUGUUUAACAUUUCUAUCGUUCUGUGUAGUAAUAAUAUACGAUAGAUUGCUUUGAUAAUGUAAAACUUAAUUUAAAUUUCAGUUUGAUUUAUGUUAUCGUUUAGUUGUUUCUUCUAUUAUGUUGUGUUUGGUUAGUUUUAAGUUAAACUAAGAAUUACGAAGUUGGUUAGUUAA